GCGUGCGCAGGGCGCGGCGCGGGGCGGCGCGGUGACCGUUGGCGCUGAGGGAGGAGGCCGCGGCGCCGCCGUUGCGCAGAUCCGGGCGCGGCAGAGGAGCGGGCGCCGGGCCGCGGACCUUCCGGAGGCGCAGCGGGAGCCAGCGGGGCCCGGACGCCGCCGCCAUGAACAACGCGGGCGCCGACGAGAUCGGGAAGCUGUUUGUAGGCGGCCUGGACUGGAGCACCACCCAAGAGACACUGCGUAGCUACUUCUCCCAGUAUGGCGAGGUGGUGGACUGCGUCAUCAUGAAAGACAAGACCACCAACCAGUCUCGGGGCUUUGGCUUCGUCAAGUUCAAGGACCCCAACUGCGUGGGCACCGUGCUGGCCAGCCGGCCGCACACGCUCGACGGACGCAACAUCGACCCCAAACCCUGCACGCCCCGGGGGAUGCAGCCGGAGAGGACGCGGCCCAAGGAAGGCUGGAAGGGACCGCGGAGCGAAAACAGCAAGUCCAACAAGAUCUUCGUGGGCGGGAUCCCGCACAACUGCGGGGAGACGGAGCUCAGGGAGUACUUCAAGAAGUUUGGAGUGGUCACCGAGGUGGUGAUGAUCUAUGACGCCGAGAAGCAGAGGCCUCGAGGUUUUGGAUUUAUUACUUUCGAGGACGAGCAAUCAGUGGACCAGGCUGUCAACAUGCAUUUUCACGACAUCAUGGGCAAAAAAGUGGAGGUUAAGCGCGCCGAGCCCCGCGACAGCAAGAGCCAGGCGCCGGGCCAGCCGGGCGCGGGCCAGUGGGGCAGCCGCGUGGUGCCCGGGGCCGCCAACGGCUGGGCAGGCCAGCCCCCGCCCACGUGGCAGCAGGGCUACGGCCCGCAAGGAAUGUGGGUGCCGGCCGGACAGGCACUUGGCGGCUACGGCCCGCCCCCCGCAGGCAGAGGUGCCCCGCCGCCACCCCCGCCCUUCGCCUCCUACAUCGUGUCCACCCCCCCGGGGGGCUUCCCCCCGCCUCAGGGCUUCCCCCAGGGCUACGGUGCCCCCCCACAGUUCAGCUUCGGCUACGGGCCCCCACCGCCGCCGCCUGACCAGUUCGCCCCUCCGGGGGUGCCCCCUCCACCGGCCACGCCCGGGGCCGCGCCGCUGGCCUUCCCGCCGCCGCCAUCCCAGGCCGCCCCCGACAUGAGCAAGGCCCCCACGGCGCAGCCCGACUUCCCCUACAGCCAGUACGGUUACGGCCAGGACCUGGCGGGCUUCGGACAGGGCUUCUCGGACCCCAGCCAGCAGCCUCCCUCCUACGGGGGCCCCUCGGUGCCCGGCUCGGGCGGCCCCCCCGCCGGCGGAAGCGGCUUUGGCCGAGGGCAGAACCACAACGUGCAAGGCUUCCACCCCUACCGGCGCUAGCCCGCGGGCACUGACUGCGACAAUCCGGCCGGCCGGCGGGCGGCCUGCGUGGAGGAGGCGGCGCAAUAAAGCAGAGGUCACUGGUUCCAACACAGGGUCACAGUCUCCAGCUUUAAUUCAACUUCAGGUUUCUUUCUCCUUCCUUUUUUUUUUUUUUUUUUUUUUUGUCCUUUUCCCCCAAGAUUCCUUUCCUGAGCAUUUCGUUUCCCUUUUAUUGGAAACUUUUCUGUUAGAGACAAAAGACACAUUUACAAAUUGUGAGAUUUUUAAGAGAACUUUUCUACGGCGUAUCCUGGCUUUUUUAAGUUAAGCAGGGUUUCCCCGGCCGGGGCGUGAGGCGGCCCGGGCCGGCUGGAGGCGCGGGAUCGGGCCAGAAACUCGGGGAGCUUCGCGGAGAACCUACUGAGUGUGUUUCGUUUUUGUUCCUUCGUUGCUUUUGCUGACGGAGCUGCGGGGCGGCUGCCGGGCCCACUGAGCCGCGCCGCCGGGGUCCCCGCUGCCAGCCCGACCCUGGUCUGAAUAAAGAGACGUGCGUUUGGAUUA